AUAAAAGGGAUGACAGUGCUGCCGGCAGAGUCACUCUCUCACUGAUAGCUGUGCAUCAUCGUGAAAAUGUCGACAAGCUUGAAGGUGCGUCUGCCGGUGUUCGUGCUGGUGAUGGAGGUCGUCAUCAUGGCUCUGUUUGCUGUUUUUGUUACUUACGACGACAAUGCCAAUGCUCGGCUGCAGAACAACGAGACCAACCCGAUGGAGAACUCCCUGUAUCGUGACUAUCCUUACUUUGCUGACGUCCAGGUGAUGAUCUUCGUGGGUUUUGGUUGCCUUCUCGCCUUUUUCCGAUUCUACGGCUUUAGUGGAAUGGUGUUCAACUUUCUUACGGCUGCAUUUUCGAUCCAGUGGGCCAUCCUGAUGCAAGGCUUCUUCCAGUUUUACUAUGAUGGAAAGAUUCACCUGGCUGUCAUCAACCUGCUGAAUGCAGAGUUUGCCUGUGCUGUGGUGCUCAUUUCUUUUGGAGCUGUGAUUGGAAAGACGAGUCCCAUUCAGCUCCUGGUGAUGGCUUUGCUGGAGAUCCCCAUCUUUGCUGUGGUAGAGUGGGCCGUACUGAAAUACAUCAGAAUCAAUGAUGCAGGGGGCAGUAUCCUCAUUCAUUUGUUUGCAUGCUACUUUGGCCUAGGAGUGACUUUUGUACUGUACCGUCCGAGCCUGAAUGAUGGCCAUGUUAAAGAGAUAACCUGUUAUCAGUCCGACAUCCUAUCUGUCCUGGGGACCUUGUUCCUUUGGGUCUUCUGGCCUUCUUUCAACUCUGCACUGACCUUUAAGGGUGAUGAUCAACACAGAGCAGUACUCCACACUUUUAUCGGCUUAAGCUCGUCAACAAUCACCGCCUUUGCACUGUCUGCAGUGUUCAACAAAAGAGGUAAACUCACCAUGGCUGACAUCCAAAAUGUGACUUUGGCAGGUGGAGUAACUGUCGGCGCUUCUGUGGACAUGAUGAUUUCUCCUGUAGCUGCAUACGCGCUGGGCAUCAUGGGCUGCACUGCAUGUUUCUUUGGAUAUAGGUAUCUGACUCCCUUUUUAGCUCGGAGAAUGAGAAUCCAAGACCAGUGUGGUAUUCACAAUCUCCACGGGCUCACUGGCCUGAUUUCAUCCACAGCAGGAAUCUGUGCCAUCCUCUUGGCCAAUGAGGAGACCUAUGGGCCCAGCAUGUACCAGAUCUUCUCCCACCGAGCUCCACCUGUGGGAGAUCCAAAGCUCCUGGAGCUCCAGAGGUUGAUUCCUGGACUGAAGCCGGGCUUGGGCCGCACUGCAGAGGAACAAGCACUCUACCAGGUCGCUGCGAUCUUCUCUACCAUUGCAGCAGCUACAGUUGGUGGUCUGCUCACUGGUUUGGUCAUGAAGUUGCCCGUCAUGGCGUCCCCAACUGAUGAGGACUGCUUUGAUGAUAUGCUCUUCUUUGACACUCCAUCAGACUUUGACAGUAGUGUCCUAAAGAUCCCUUUAAACUACAAUGAAAAGGAGUCAAACAAAGUUGUCUGAAGAAAUUUUUUAAUUACUGUCAUUACAAGUGCUUCACGAAUAUUGAUGUUUUUCACGUUUGUUUGAAAUUGUUACAAAAGUAUGUUUCAUUUUAAUGCUUGAUGAACGAUUUGUAAACAAAAAUCUGUAUUGUUGCUGUUGGUAUUUUGUAAUAAAAUAAAAUUAAAAUAACAAUUGUAGUAUGUCAGGUAUCAAUCAUAAUGUACUGUACAUAUUUUUUU